AGACCUAUUUUGUACCUGACACACAGCCCAGCUCAGCAUGUAACACGAAAUCAAACUGGAGCAAAUUAUCCAUGUCUGAAAUGCUAACAAUGCCAACUCAGAAAAUGGGAUCAGUACCGGAGCCUAAUUGGGGUACUUUUGAACCCCAGAAGCACUGCACUUCCUCAGGACGGAUGUCAGUUCCUGCCUCAAGUCUUAAGCUCCAACAGCAAUUCCAUAAUGAACUCACUGAGCGCCUUCAGAAGGUCCUUAAUGAUGUGAGCAAAGAUCCUCCCCGACAGGAAUCAACUGAUCAACAGAGAAAAACUUCUGAUUCCAAAAGGGGCUCUGACAAAACAAAGUUAUACAACACACGUGGUUCCAAGAGUGUUCCAAAAAUACAAAAUACUCAGAGAACCAGUCUCUCAAAAAACGCAAAAAGAGAAGAGAUGUCACUUCAGGUGGACAUUGGUCCAACAAAAGCUUCAGAUAAGACCUGCACAAAUAAAACUGUUGAGGACCACAAAGAAUUUGAGGCCAAAGGUUGCAAAAAAACUGCAAUUUCAACCAAAGAAAAAAGCGACUCAAAUGUCACAGCCACCAUGAUGAAGCGUAUCUCCAGCCAUUAUGAGAUUGAAACCAAAACCCUAAGAAAAAACAGCUCAGAUAAAAGUUCUCCAAGUUGGAUCCCCCCGCUAACAGACAGACCAAUCUUUAACAAGGAGGUGAUACCUGCAUGUAGAAAAGACAAACUUGGAACCAUUAGCCUUGGAAAACUCUUAAAUUCUACCAGAGGAUCUGACAGGAAUGAUAGCUUUGCAUUCAAAGUUGAUUCACCGAUCUCCGUUAGGGGUGAGAAUCAAACCAAAUCAAGCAGUGGCUACAACAACUCUACAAUUCACACCUCAGCUAAGAAAGGACAACCUGUGGCAAAGAAGAAGCUACAUGUGAAAAAGCAUCUGUUCAGUGACACUGACACAGACAAUGCCCCGACAGAUAUCAGCUGGCUAAAAGAAUCCUCCAGAAAGUCCAAAGCUCAAGUCAUUACGUACACCAGACACGCUAAGCUCAAACCCAAAACAGCCCCACCUCAUUCUCCAGACACACCCCGAGAUUUGCAAUCAAUAUCUUCAAAAGGUGUAAAGGGCGAAAGCAAACGUAUUCAGAAGAUUAUCAAUCCUCCAAAGAAAGUGAACCAAGUAACAGAUCUCAGACCACAAGUGGCUACAAAGAGGCCUAGAAGAGCUGCAGCCACCACUACAAAAAGUUACCAGGAACCCAAAACAGAUGAGAGUGAUUCUGAAACAGAAGAGCCUCCAUCACCCAAGCAUUCAUCCACUUGUAACAUAAAGAAUCCAGAAAAGGUGAAUGGGGUUGCUACAGCAAAGAAGAAAAAGACAGCACACAAACAACCAACUGAUAUGAAACUAUCAGAGAAACAGUCUGUGUUGGAUGCUUGUCCCUUCUCCAAAGUAGAGAUUUGUUCUGCUGGGCAGCAGAGAAAGCGAGUGGAGAACUGUGCUGAAGAUCCACCUGUAAAGAAGAGUAAACAUAACCUCUAUGACCACCCUGCAGAAAAACACAGCCGGGCAGAUGGGAGCAGCUUGACAGAUUCCAAAAAAGCGCAUUUUAAGGGUCGAGAACAAACGAGCACUUUGAAGAAUUCUUUGGCUGGCUGCCUGACCUCUUUCUCUACAUCCCCUCCUUCCAUUGAACAUAUGAGAACUGCUGAGAGGUCAGAUCCAACCUUGGGAUUGACCUGCUCCACUGUCCUCACCCCGCGGGGGUCCCCACUCCCUAUCUUCCUAAAUCCUCCCUGCCAGGACACCUCCUCUCAAAUCCUGCUGCUACCCAACGUUCGCCCACCAGUCGGCCAUAAAGGGAAAUGUAAACCGUCUUCUUUCUGCAAUGCAGAGAAAAAGCAGAGUUCUCAGAAGACUCAGUGUGUCCCCUCUCCCUGUUCACUGGCAGGUCAGAGCCCUGCACCCAUUCCCCCCACUGGACUAAGUGCUACAGAGAUUGUUGCAGAGCAGAAGCAUCUGUCCUCAGUGCCUCAGUCCAUUUUGUCUCCAUCCACCCAACCACUCUUAACAUCAACCCUUAUAGAGUCAGAUAAGGCCCCAGUGCUAUCUCCAUCUCAGUUACAGUUCCCCAGGGACACUUUAGCAAGCGGUUGUCACCUUGAGCUCAGUAAAGUGUCCUCAGUUUCCCUGAGUCCAAUAAGCCACUUGUCUCCAACGUCAUCGGAGCUCAGCGGGAAAAAGAACAUCUCCACUAUGACCACGUCUUAUAAAGAGAAAACACCGCUCAUGCACAAGAACCUUAAACACACGAAGCAUAUUGUCUCAGGACCCGCUCUUAAGCGCUGCGUCUCACUAUCCAGUAAGUCAGAGGAAGACGAGAAUGAAGAGGAGCGGAAGAAGAGCAAGAUUAGAGGCCAGCGUUCUCCUAGAAUGAAGCCAAGAAAACUGUUCAAGUCUUUUGAAGAGGUUUCUGUUGAAGAUGAGCUGAGCCACAUGAGUUCCAGUCACUGGGAGACUGAAGAAGUGUAUGGAGACUUGGAGAUGGAUGGGGAUUCAGAGCUUCCAGAAGAGACUCUAAAGCCAAAAAAACUUUGUCAGCAGUUCACCUCUGAGCUGAAAAACAAGUUGCAGAACCGUAGCCAUUUAAUGGAGAUCUACAACAAACGGUCUUCCAAGGCUGUCCAGCACCACAUUUCAUCCAUUGGAGUCCAGUUUAACGAAAACAGAAUUCAAAGGCUGAGUGAAGUUCAAAAUACCCUUGUAGAGGAGAUCCAGAAGAUGGAGCAGGAUGUUAACUUGCUAAAAAACAUGGAGAAAGAUCUGGCUAUAAACUGGGAAAAGCAGAUUACAACUUUCCAUUCUUACCAGGACUGUGAAACAAAGAGGAAUGAUACACUGAAGAGAACCUUCCAAAGCAUCUAUGAUCACGGCUUGGACUAUGAAGAAGGAGUGUUCAAAUCAGAGAUGGACCUGAUCAAAAAGGACCUGAAGUCGAUUCAGGACAGACUCCUCGAUGAAAUGCAUGAGCAAGAGAUCCAGAGUAUGAAGAGAGGAAUACAUGCUUUGUUUUUCUCCGGAUGAAGCCAGUUUGGAGGUGACCAAAGGUUACUCUACAUAGUGAGCCGAGGUGUCUGUCCACAUGGGAUGCACCCUUCUGAGAAAUUUGUUUGUGCUUCUCUAUAUAGCUGUUUGCAUAAAGGGAUUUUAAUCCAGUUUGUUUCAUAUAAAUCAAUCCAUUUGGUUAAGAGCUGCGUUUGUUUCACAUGUGCCUUGUUGUGUUAGAUGGUUAAAAAUCUUUAAAGAAUGUUCUUGACUAUUUAAUUACAUUUAAGUUGAUCUGAUGU